AUGCGUUAUCAGCAGCAGCAGCAGCAGCAGCAGCAACAGCAGCAGCAGCAGCAACAGCAACAGCAGCAGCAGCAGCACCGUAUUCUGCUGCUGGCGGCCAUCUGUAGGUCUCCUGCUGCAGCAAUGGAGGGGGAUGCAGCAGCAGCAGCACCAGCAGCAGCAGCAGCAGCAGCAGCAGCACCAGCAGCAACUGCAGCAGCACCCGCACCUGCUGCUGCAGAUGGUGCAGCAGCAGCAGCAACAGAGGGGCCCCUGGGCCCCCCCUCUGACAACCCCUUAACAUCUCUUGCUGCUAAAUACCACGUACCCGUCGAGUUGCUGCAGGACCUGCAGCAGCAGCUGCAGCAGCAGCAGCAGCAGCAGCAGCAGCAACAGCAGCAGCAGCAGCAGCAGCAGCAAGAUGUAUCCCCAGUGUCUGGCCAGCAACAGCACCAACAGCAGCAGCAACAGCAGCAGCAGCAGCAGCAGCAGCAGCACGAGGAGUGGGCCCAGUGGUUGCUGCUGCAUACACCCGGCUGUAUAUACACCUCAUGA